UGUGUGCGCGCGCGUGUGUCUGUGUGUGCGUGUGAGUGUGUGCGCGCGCGUGUGUGCUCCUCUCCACUUCGAGCAUCCUUUCUGUUCCCCUGCAGCUCCUCAUCACUGGGGAUUAGCGAGUCCCCACUGCAUCCUGCUUCUCUGUAUUCUGCGCUUCCAGUCUCUUGAAGGAUCUACAGGAUCUGAAGCACGAGAAAUUGUGGGCACUUGGAUUUUUCCACCUCCUUCGCGUCCUUUACUAAAAAAAAGAAGGAAAAAAAAAAAAAAAAAAAACCAGCAGUCACAGUUUCAGCCAAAAAAAGAAAAAAAGAAAAAAGGUCUGGUGCUAUUUAAACCGGAACCGCAGCCAUGGAUGAAAUGGAUGUGCCGCAACUGAAGAAAGAGGUGGAGAGCCUCAAGUACCAGCUGGCGUUCAAGAGGGAGAAAUCCUCCAAGACAGUCACAGACUUGGUGAAGUGGAUCGAAGAUGGCGUGCCCACAGACCCGUUUUUGAACCCCGAACUGAUGAAGAAUAACCCGUGGGUGGAAAAGGGCAAAUGUGUGAUAAUUUAGGACGGGAACAACGGAACAGCACGGAUCUGAAUGUCCACACAGAUACACACACACACACACACACACACACACACACACACACAGAGGCAUUAGCACCUUCACUUGCAAGAUCUGAAACUAUGCCACGCAUUACUAUACUCUAUUCAUAAAGGUCAAUAUGUUAUUUAAAAACUCACUAUUAAAAUUCUACUCAUAGAAAGAAAAGAACUUGAUCUAUUUAUAUGCAGUUCUUUUUAGUCUGUUACAGUUUCGUUUGCUUGUUUUAGUGUCUCACUGCCAGAAAAUGAGUGACAGAUUAACGUCCUGCAAAUAAACAAAAAAAAGGAAAAAAUUAACAAUCUUGAAACAGAUAAAUGUGCACAUCGGGUCUGUUUUUCUCUGCAGCGUGUCAAUCUGUCUGUCAUGACAGUGCACUUUUUCAACCGAAACCACACAAACGUGUUCAUGUUCACGUUCGCGUUCAGCACCGCUAUUUUGUUGAGUCUUGUUUGAUUCAUUAAUUUAUGAGCUAUUUAUUUAUUUAUGUUUUUUUAAUGAACUGUUGAUGCUCUGAUAGACUUGAUAUUUUAACAUGUAGGUCGGAGGGUCCGAGUUACAUUACCAAGAAGAGUUUUUUUUUUUAAAUAUGAUGUUCUUAGUAGAACAGAAUUCAUUUUUUUCCUAUUUAUAAUCUGUUAUUUGACAAUAAAUCUUCAUCUAUA